GUUGUGAUUUGCGCUGCUUACCAGCAUUACCAUUGGCCGCUGAUCCUCUGCCUAAUAUUAUUUUCAAGCUGAACCCUGCCCUGAAACAUGUACCCUUGACUCUUGAACCUCUAUUUGAUAUCAAUCCACAUAUCAGCACACGAUUUUGGACAUACGAUUCGACAGAAUUUUUCCAUCCAGGACAAAUCCAUGUAAAAGUAGUCAAUACUGAAAAUUUACCAGAAAUCGAUGUUUAUUUAUAUUCGGGUAUCAAACAUGUUUCACAAUAUUUUGCUCCAAAAAUGCCAACAUUGUUCGAAUUGGCCUUGCGGAAAACACAUGCUAUUUUGAGCAAAACCUCUUUCUUUCUGGAUGAGAAUGAAAACUGUGAUGAUGAAGAUUAUAAUGAAUUUUAUGAUAGUGAUUAUGAUGGGGAGGGUCAUUAUUAUGUGAACGGAAAAAGUUUAUAA